ACUAAAUUCUUUUGCCUGUUUAAAAACCCUGAAUUCACAAGAUUUUCAUAAGGUUUUCCACCUUCCCUCAUCUCCCUCCCUCCCUUCCAAAUCCUAAUUUUCUUUUUCCUUCCAAUUAUUCUUUUUUUUUCUUUUGGGAAUUUUUUGAAUUCGAAAAUUGAUUCCAUUUUUCCAUGAUUUCAAGGUGAAAGAAUUUAUUGGUUUUAGUGAAAACUUGAUGUUGAAGUUCAAGGUGAUUGUUUUUAGGUAUUGUUGAGGCUGCAUAUUUGAAUAGCACUUAGGAAAAAUAUUAAGCCGAACAUGAGCACAAUAGAAGUGAGGGGGCCUUCUCUUAGAGGGUAUCGACGAAGGAAGGCACUCCUGGAUCUCAAUGUUCCUCCCACUGAAAUCAGGGAACAGGAGGGUACUUCGCAGCAGGCUGGAUCUGAGCAACUGACUGCUCAACCCGUACAGCCUCCACCAUCUGCAACUAUUGAUGUUGAAGCUAUUGAUGAUGAUGUAAUUGAAUCUUCUGCUAUAGCAUUCUCAGCGGCUAAAAACAAUUCUAGGAGAAGCCGUGGAAGGACUGUUGUUGACGUAGAUUCAGGGCGGCCUGCUCGGUCAACUAAUAAUAACCUGAACAGGUGCAGGAGACUUCCUCCGACCCCAGUAGUUAUCAAUUGUGAUCGGUAUAUCAAUUUGGAGAGUUCACCGCAGUCUAUGGUCAAGGAAAUUACAAAGCCCCAGCCACUUCCCAAGGAGCCAACCUUCACUUGUCCAAUUUGUAUGGGUUCAUUAAAUGAGGAGAUGUCAACAAGAUGUGGGCACAUUUUCUGCAAGGCAUGCAUCAAAGCUGCAAUAGCAGCCCAGGGAAAAUGCCCAACUUGCAGGAAAAGAGUGACUGUAAAGGAACUAAUUAGGGUCUUCCUUCCAUCAGCCAGCUGAAAAUGAGCUUCAUGCCCAAUUAGUGAUGUAAACUUGCUGUUCUGUGUGUGUGUAUGUGUGUUAUGUCUUUUUGGAAGGAAAAUGAAUCAAAGGUUGUGAAAGGGAAUUAUAUAUGUACUGUUACGCUGCCAUUUUUCUAAAGCAUUCUGUUUCUGUCAUGAUACUGGGCUUCAAGAUGUUCUUUCAAUUAUGUAGCCAGCUUUCUGAAUGAUAUUAUUCAUUCUUUCAAAUUAACUUCUGAUGAUGGUUGCUAUUCUAUUUCAGGGAUAACUCAAACUGCAAUUGAAAAGAGAAAGAAGCAUUGAAUUCUGUGCAUCAGCGGAGCUAAUUUUUGGAUUUUGGAAUCUUCAAGAUGCCCAAGCUUUAAACUAUAUUUCUGCAAACAAUCUUUUUGACAAGUUAUCUGAGCAUGCUUUUCAUUGCUUUCUUAGAUGCAUGUGAAUCUGCCAGUUGAUAACCUCAGCAUCAUUAUUAUUUGAAUUAAAUCUAGACUUGACAAACAACUUAUUUAUGUACAGUAAAAGAAAUUGACUUUA